GCAGUUCUGUCAGCACGGGCUGCCUCCCAGGGUCAACUCCUUGGAACAACUUGGCAGGAAGAAGAAAGACAAGAAGCUGGCUGGCCUUACCACUAGCUUUUUGCCUUCGUUCCAGAAGCGUGCUGCACCUGUACUGUGACACUUGCUCGGUGCCCAUCUGUCGUGAGUGUACAAUGGGCCGGCACGGGGGCCACAGCUUCAUCUACCUCCAGGAGGCGCUGCAGGACUCACGGGCACUCACCAUCCAGCUGCUGGCUGAUGCCCAGCAGGGCCGCCAGGCAAUCCAGCUGAGCAUCGAGCAGGCCCAGACGGUGGCAGAACAGGUGGAGAUGAAAGCAAAGGUGGUACAGUCGGAGGUCAAAGCCGUGACUGCAAGGCACAAGAAGGCCCUGGAGGAGCGGGAGUGCGAGCUGCUAUGGAAGGUAGAGAAGAUCCGCCAGGUGAAAGCCAAGUCUCUGUACCUGCAGGUGGAGAAGCUGCGGCAGAACCUGAACAAGCUCGAGAGCACCAUCAGUGCCGUCCAGCAGGUCCUGGAGGAGGGGAGGGCGCUGGAUAUUCUGCUGGCCCGAGACCGCAUGCUGGCCCAGGUGCAGGAGCUAAAGACCGUGCGCAGCCUCCUGCAGCCCCAGGAGGAUGACCGGGUCAUGUUCACACCCCCCGACCAGGCCCUCUACCUCGCCAUCAAGUCCUUUGGCUUUGUCAGCAGUGGGGCCUUUGCCCCACUCACCAAAGCCACGGGCGAUGGCCUCAAUCGGGCCCUCCAGGGUAAGGUGGCCUCCUUCACUGUCAUUGGCUACGACCACGAUGGGGAGCCUCGCCUCUCAGGAGGUGACCUAAUGUCAGCCGUGGUCCUGGGCCCCGAUGGCAACCUGUUUGGUGCAGAGGUGAGCGAUCAGCAGAACGGGACUUACGUGGUGAGCUACCGGCCCCAGCUGGAGGGUGAGCACCUGGUGUCGGUCACCAUGUGCAACCAGCACAUUGAGAAUAGCCCCUUCAAGGUGGUGGUGAAGUCGGGCCGCAGCUACGUGGGCAUUGGGCUCCCGGGCUUGAGUUUCGGCAGCGAGGGCGACAGCGACGGCAAACUCUGCCGCCCUUGGGGCGUGAGUGUGGACAAGGAGGGCUAUAUCAUUGUCGCCGACCGCAGCAACAACCGCAUCCAGGUGUUCAAGCCCUGUGGCACCUUCCACCACAAAUUUGGUACCCUGGGCUCCCGGCCUGGGCAAUUCGACCGACCAGCUGGCGUGGCCUGUGAUGCCUCCCGCAGGAUCGUGGUGGCUGACAAGGACAAUCAUCGCAUCCAGAUCUUCACCUUUGAGGGCCAGUUCCUCCUCAAGUUUGGCGAGAAAGGAACCAAGAAUGGGCAGUUCAACUACCCUUGGGAUGUGGCGGUGAAUUCUGAGGGCAAGAUCCUCGUCUCUGACACUCGGAACCACCGGAUCCAGCUAUUUGGGCCUGAUGGAGUCUUCCUGAAUAAGUAUGGCUUCGAGGGGGCUCUCUGGAAGCACUUUGACUCCCCACGGGGGGUGGCCUUCAACCACGAGGGCCAUUUGGUGGUCACCGACUUCAACAACCACCGGCUCCUGGUCAUUCACCCUGAUUGCCAAUCAGCUCGCUUCCUCGGCUCAGAGGGCACUGGCAAUGGGCAGUUCCUGCGUCCACAGGGCGUAGCUGUGGACCAGGAGGGGCGCAUCAUUGUGGCGGAUUCCCGGAACCACCGGGUACAGAUGUUCGAGUCCAACGGCAGCUUCCUGUGCAAGUUUGGUGCUCAAGGUAGUGGCUUCGGGCAGAUGGACCGCCCCUCCGGCAUCGCUGUCACCCCUGAUGGAAUGAUCGUCGUGGUGGACUUUGGCAACAAUCGCAUCCUCAUCUUCUAAUCACAUCUUCUAGGCUUCUGUGUUGGGGUGUGCCUGUGUACCUCUCUUUCUCUCCUUUUGAAUUUCAGAGAAGAAACAGUCUCAGGGAAAUUUUUUUUCUUUUGUCUAAAGAGAACAAGAAAAGUACAACAUUGCUUAAGUCCUACCUCAUCUUUAGUUUUUUACAGAUGAAUGUACUUAUCUUUUCGGCAGGGGUUGAGCCUGUGAAGUGAUUAUUUCUAUCUACCUCAUAAAUCUUUACAUUUCCUUUUCCAGCAGGCCCUCUGCCCUCCUCCCACCCUCACUCAGUGGAGUUCACGUCUCCCUCUGCCCCUCUGCGGGACGUGAUAUGCACAAGCCGAGCAUCUCGAUGGCUGGGAGGGCACUGGAUAUGUGUGGUGGGGUGCAUUCUGUAGAUUGAGCCAAGGAAACACGAAAAAACUACUAAGUAAAGAAACUAAAAACUAUAAAACAUGGGAAAAUGGGAUUUAAAAUGCUUAAUUAUAGAGUAUUUGUGUUCUUGAGAAUACUUUCUUUAUGGGGUUAGAUUGUAUUGUGUGAUCUUGAUCUUUUUGGAAAAUUUUUUUUUUUAAUUUUUUUUUUUUUUUUUUAAUGCUGCAACAGAGAACUUUUCUGCGUUCUCCUUUUAUACCUCAGUGUGUUUAUCAUCCUGUUCAGCAUCUUUACUUAUUUCUGGAAGAUGUGGCUGUGGCUUGCUAGCCAAGAAAAGCAGACUAUUCAUAUUUUAGGGUAUGUAAUUUUUGUUUCUUUUAAGAGAGGGUCUGUAUUGUGUGUGUAUGUCUGUUAAGGGGCGUGUGUGUGUGUUAAGCUCUCUUACACCAAAAUAGUAAAGCUGAAAAUGAUAUGCCACCUCCCAAAGAACCUUUUCUUUUCACACUUUUGUUUCUAAAAAAUAGAUGUAGUUCAGGAUUUGGGGUUAAAAGUAGUCUCAAAAGGUAAGUAUUCUUAGUUUGCUGUUGGUUGUAAAGAGUUAAGUGGAAGGAAGAAGAAAAUUAACCUCAUUCUCAGAAAGAGGGUUUUCAGACAUGGACUGGUGUGUGGACAUGAGUGGGUGGACAUGCAUGUGCUGAGGUGGUCCGUAGAGAGCAUGAGAACGCAGCAGGGCACCCCCAAACUUCUGAACUCUGCAGGAGGGCGGGGGUUGGUCCCCGUCCCUAGAUUGAAUGUUGUUCUGUUAAUGCUAGUUGUUUCUUUUCCUGAGAAGAGUAGGCAAAGGAAUGAACUUUUAUUUUAAAAGCACAAUUUUUUCCUGCUUUGGAAGUUCAGGGAAAUAGAGUGUUUGAAAUUCAAGUUAAUAGGAACAGCUCAUCUCCACACCCUCUGCUCGGCUCACUUUUAGAGAGUGCUCUGCCCCGGAGCCAUGCUGUGGGACCUCAUGGUUAACGUCAAUUUUCCCCCCAAAGGUCUUUGAAUGUAAAGAAUUUGUAAACCAAAUUGCCCCAGCCUGAAACAGAGGACGUAAUAUCUUUUGUUAAAACUGUAUGGCGGUACCAAAGAAUGGACAUUGAAGCCAGGCUCCCAUUGCAGAACUGUGGGAUGGCAUCUGUCACUUUACAGGGUUGGUUUGUAGUAAGCUGGACUUGGAUACAAAACCUUGUGCUUCUGGGCAUUAUCUGUCUUUCAACUGGAAAGUAGGUGUAGCUGAUACCUGCUUGUCAGAACCCCUGUGGGUCCCUGUAUUCCCCCUAAAUACUGAAAUAAGAACCAAAUUCCAGGGUGGCACACUUCAGGAGAAAGAGGACCUCUCUGCCGGCAGUGGCUCACAGGGAGACCUCUUGGUUAAACAGAAAGACUAAGAGAUCAGUUCUGUUCCUGUAUUUAAGAGAAAUUCAUCGUCAGAUAUGGAUGUAGUUUUGAAUGAACAGAAUAAACUACCAAGGGGAGUUGUCUUUGUCCUUGUCUUUGUCGUCCCCAAAGAAAAGGCGAUGAUGGGGACUGUGUGUAGCAAGUCAGUCAAGUUGCUUUUCCCAUCCAGCUCCAGUGGACAUUUAAUUUGCCACUUCAAGGGACCCUGUCUCCUCCCAUUGCUCCAGUUCUAGGCUGUGCAAGUGACCAAAAUGGGGAAAAACUCACUUCAUAAAGGAGAACUGCAUGCAAUAAAGGAUCCCAAACUAGGACAGUAGCUCCAGACUGCUCCCCCGCUGCUGUGUGGCAGGGGGGCCGGUGUCCGGAAAUCUUGUUUUGUCAAAGCUCCUUUUCUUUUAUUGAAGAAUUUAAUAGUGAAUCCUUCCCCAGUUCCUAUUCAGUUGCCUUUUAUUUUGCCCCUGAGUUCUAAGUUCUUAGUUCUUUGGUAAAGAGCUCAUGUAAUUAAACCUUUUUCUUUUUUCUUUUGGAAUAAUUUAGUGUUGAUCUUCCUUCCUUCACCACCCCACCCCCCAACCACCAAACAGAUCACCCUUUAAACACCAAAGGCAACAGGUUUUAAAUGCUUAAAAAAUAUUUUUAUUGAGGAAAUGGAUCUUGAAAGUUCUUAAAAAUGUUCUCAGAAACCUGGGUCAUGAUUAUGGCUGGGGUAAGUUAUUUCAGGUAGUCACUGACUUUGAUUUUCCCGUCUUCAUUUUUGUCAUCGUCUUCACUCUUCAUCUUUCCUUCCCGGUUUCCCCAUAUGUGGGGAACUCUUGGGACCUGAGUGAGAAUCUUCUUGGUGAAUAGCAGUAACUCAAACUGCUUAUUUAACGUUUUUCUGUGGAUUUGGUUGUAAAGCCAGGGUUUCCACACGUGGCUGAAAUAAUCAGGUCUUGCUUAAUAGACUGACCAAUUUGCAGGCUUAAAGCUAGUAGGUCGUCCCCCGAAUUGAGUGUGUAGGUGGGUGAUACUGCCUCAGUACCCUCAAUGCUGGUACAUCUCCUUACCUUUUUGCACCCAUCAUUGUGCACAGCUUCCAUUUGAGAAACAUGGUCACACUUGGGAAGCUUUUGUUUUUAAAACAUUGGCCCUCUGUGGCUGCCUGUGACUGACUCCUGACCCCCGGAGAUUGGUGCGAAGCACUGUGGAGUGUGUAUUGUAUGAUGUGGAACCCUCUAAAUCAAGGAUGAGAAAAGCCGACACUCAGAACUCCCUAGUAUGAGUGAGGCUGUUCAAAAGAGGUGUGUUUAAAUGCAUAUCUCCUGCCCAUUUUGAGGUGACACUUGGUGGGUAGGAACUGGGUCAAAGAGGGGAGUCUUUAACAUGGUGAGAAGAUAAGGUUCUGGGUGCUGCAAGGGAGGAGGAUAAAAUGUUGAGUAAAUGUGAUAUGUAGACAAUAAUCCCCAUGUGUGUCUGAUCUGGUCAGGUGGUGGGGUGGGGUGUAAGGUCAGUUUAUAUUUGGAGAUGCCAAUUUUAUUUGGAUAUAUAGGUCUGGGUAUUGAGAUGGCUAAAGGAAAUUAAAUAACCCACAGAUAAAAACCACUUUUGGUUGACACUGACUUAACAUUUCAAAAGUGUUAAAAUCUUUUUUUUAAAAAAAAUCAUUCUUCUGUAAAUUUGGUCACGAGAAGCCACGCUGUCUCAGAACCUGUGCGAUAUUGUGGCUGGCAGGGUGGCACGUGAGUUGGCUGGAGCCCAGUGGCCCGCGCGGUACCCCAAGUACACAAACUCUUCAACUGAUGGAUACCCUUUUAAGUCUGACUUAUCUGGGGAAACACAAGGGUCCCAUAAACAGAAUCUAAAUUAUGUGUUGGGCCAAAAAAGUUGCCAGACGGAAGGCACUUUGUGAUGGAGUUAUAAGAAUAACUUGAGAUCGGCUCAGUCUGCUUUAUUCUAGUUAAGCCAAAGCUUAAUGAUCUGAGGAGGGAAGUCUUUUUAGGCUUGAAGCAGCAGAAUACUGUUUGUAUAUGUGUUGUCUUCCUCUCUGGAAGAUUCUAAGAUUGCUGUGUUCCGGUAGAUAGUGAAAGAUAUGCCAAAGUUAUAGGCUGUUUUUCUGUUAAAAAAAAAAAAAAAACCCAAUGGUGCCAAAAAGUAUUUAGGGUAUUUAUUUAAAACAUCUCUCUUACCGAGUUUCCAACAGUGUGGGGCUGUCUAAAAGUCAAACUCUUGUCCUUGCAUGGGCUGACAGCAUAGAGCUGGGACCUGCCGAGGCUCUUGGGCUUCCUCUGGCUUCCUGCAGGCCAGGGGCACAGGACACACCGCUCCACACCCCGCCGGCUGCUUCGGUUUGAUUUCUACCUCACUUUUGGCGCAAGUCGUCUACCUCACGUUAGCAUCUGACGGGUCUCUGAAAAGAAUAGUAUUAAUCCACCGGGGAGUGGGUGGGAGUGGGGAGCUACCUCUAGAAGAAAAUGUGUUCAUAAAUCCAGAACUGAUUUCUCCCGGGAGAAACAUUUGAUUGACCUUGAAAAAGAAACUUUGAAACCAAAUAUUCCUUUACUCAGGCAAAUGUAGUUAUAAAUCCCAGUAUUUCUUACCAAUCUGGCCUUUUCUCCCCCACUAAGAAUUGCGCGCAUCAUUGCCAUGUUAUUCAGUAUUAUGAAACUACUGGUUCAUCUGACCUGUUUGAGGACUUAACGGCAAAUAAAGACCUUUAGGUCUCUUUUUCUCUUCAAGAGAAAAAUAUUUUAUCUAUAUUCUGAAUGUCUGCAAAUAGACCCUUGUAGGAGCAAUUCGAAGGGUCUUAGCUGUUGGAAACAUCAGACAUUUGAAGGGAAUGAUCAUCCUUUAGACUUGGUGAUUGUAACUGUAGCUUUUCUGGACCCAGCAGGAUGGGCAUCACCAUGACAUUGCAACAAUCACUGUUUCACUGAGCACUGACUGGUGGCAUGUGUGUUGCUCUUUUGUGUUUAAUUGUUUUUUCCUACCAAAGGUAACAUGUUGACGGGUUGUAUUUUUCCUUUGCUUAUUAAAUACUUGAUAAAGUUGAGAAGCACAUGACCGUGAUAUACUGUAUCGCCUCUCUACCUCUCUGUUCUUUCCCUAGUUAAUUUUUGUUUUGGUUGGAAGAGAGGGUCCUAAGACCACUGUAAUUAUUGUGAAUUGGAUUUAAAAUGUCAUGGUGAAGAAAUACCUCAAUGAUGUCUAUUUUUAAACUGAUCUUACGGGUUAACAAGCCAGCCUGGUGGGAUGUUUUCCAUCAUCAUUUAACCAGUAAUGGUUCUAAAAGUUUUGUGUAUCCACAUGGUCUUAGACCUCCUUUUAAUGAUUGUAUUAACUUACAAGCUCAGGUAGUAUUUUUCUUAAGGCUCUAUCUUGGAGCACACUGACUGAAUGUUAACGUGUGUAGCAAAGUGUUUACUUUCUUUAAAUAACCAGCUCUGGAAUAGUUUUUUGUGUUUCUAGCAGUCUGUGUAGUUGUCUGUCUUCAGAGGAAGAUUUUUCACAUUUCUGGGUUUUUCUUAUUUUUAGGGUGGUAAGGUUUCUUUUUUCUUCUUUUCCC